UUCCGUUGCAAACGGAUCAAACAUGUCAAACAUGGCAAAGUUUUGACCCCAGGAUAAUCAAUAUUUGAGUCGCAAGGCGACAGAACCAGAUAUCAUGGUAUGAUUGUCGUUUUGCUUCGACCGGUCAAUUCAGCAAGGAAUAAACAAUGGCCCGAGAAGACAGUCCCAAACGCCGGAAGCUGGACUCAGACCGCUUCACUCCAACAUCAUCCCAGCACAUUUACGCCCCCCGAAGUCGGCUCCACCGCAACAGAGAGGACAAGUAUGGCAGCACCAGCCGUGCGUCCACCCCCCGCGGAACACGCAAUGGAGAUUCAACCCCACACCAGGAGACUUUCCAAGGCGUAGAACCUCUUGUCGACAUCGAAGACACCCUUGCACUGGACCGGGACUGGUACGCUGGCGAUGAACUAGGACAUACUUUCGGUGACGAGACGCAUAACCCAUUCGGCGGGGCCGACAGCACAUGGGCAGAUCAACAGCGGGAAGCAGCGCUGUCUGAGAAGAAGAAUAGCAAGCGUGUCAGUGCCCGCGCUGCGCAGAAGCAGAGAGAUGUCGACGCUUGGGAGACGAAUCGCAUGUUGACCUCUGGCGUGGCGCAGAGGAGGGAAUAUGAUGCUGACUUUGAAGAUGACGAGGAUUCUACUCGUGUACAUUUGCUCGUACAUGAUUUACGGCCACCGUUUCUGGACGGCCGGACGGUUUUUACGAAGCAGCUUGAACCCGUCCCUGCAGUGCGGGAUCCGCAGAGCGACAUGGCUGUGUUUAGUCGGAAGGGAAGUAAGGUUGUGCGCGAAAAGAGAGUACAGAAAGAACGGCAGAAACAGGCGCAGGAUGCCACUAAUGUGGCUGGGACGGCUCUGGGGAAUCUCAUGGGCAUUAAGGAGGAUGAGGGAGAUAGUGCUAUAGCAGUCCCCGGGGAGGAGGAGGCACAGCAUAAGGGUAGUAAAUUUGCGGCGCAUUUGAAGAAGAAUGAAGGAGCUAGUGCGUUUAGCAAGAGCAAAACUCUGAGGGAGCAGAGGGAGUAUCUGCCUGCUUUUGCAGUCAGGGAGGAACUCUUGAGGGUCAUUAGGGACAACCAGGUAGUUAUUGUCGUUGGGCAGACUGGUUCGGGUAAGACUACCCAGUUAACGCAGUUUCUUUACGAGGAUGGUUAUGCAAAACUUGGAAUGAUUGGCUGUACGCAGCCACGGCGUGUCGCUGCGAUGAGUGUUGCGAAGCGGGUCAGUGAGGAGAUGGAAGUUAAGCUGGGAGGGCUUGUUGGGUAUGCCAUUCGUUUUGAGGAUUGCACUAGCAAUGAAACAGCUAUCAAGUACAUGACCGACGGGGUGCUAUUAAGAGAAUCUCUAGUCCAGCCAGACCUUGACAAAUACUCUUGUAUUAUCAUGGACGAGGCCCACGAGCGAGCGCUGAAUACGGAUGUUUUGAUGGGCCUCAUUAAAAAGGUGCUUGCGCGCAGACGGGAUCUGAAGCUCAUUGUCACUUCAGCCACAAUGAAUGCUGAACGGUUCUCGAAAUUCUACGGAGGGGCUCCAGAAUUCUUUAUCCCUGGACGAACAUUUCCGGUGGACAUUCAAUAUUCGCGAUCGCCUUGUGAAGACUAUGUUGACAGUGCGGUGAAGCAGGUUUUGGCUAUCCACGUUUCCCAAGGACCUGGGGAUAUUCUUGUUUUCAUGACCGGACAAGAGGAUAUCGAGGUGACUUGUGAAUUGAUAGCGGAGCGUUUGGCUCUCCUAAAUGAUCCUCCGAAGAUUAGCAUUCUACCAAUAUACAGUCAGAUGCCUGCAGAUUUACAAGCUAAAAUUUUCGAUAAAGCACCGCCUGGAGUUAGGAAGGUGAUAGUUGCCACCAACAUUGCAGAAACUAGUUUAACUGUCGAUGGAAUCAUGUAUGUGGUCGAUGCCGGUUUUUCCAAGUUGAAGGUUUAUAAUCCGCGAAUGGGUAUGGACACCCUCCAAAUCACGCCCAUCUCGCAAGCAAAUGCGUCGCAGCGUGCUGGUCGUGCUGGGCGAACCGGUCCUGGCAAGGCCUAUCACUUAUUCACAGAACUUGCGUUCAAAAACGAGUUAUACAUCCAAACUAUCCCUGAAAUCCAGCGAACGAACCUGUCCAACACUGUGCUACUGUUGAAAUCGUUAGGAGUCAAGGAUCUACUCGAUUUCGACUUUAUGGAUCCACCGCCGCAAGAUACCAUUACUACAUCGUUGUUUGAUCUCUGGGCAUUGGGUGCCAUCGAUAAUCUUGGAGACUUAACACCAAUGGGUCGCCGCAUGAGUGCUUUUCCCAUGGACCCAUCUCUUGCGAAGCUUCUCAUCAGUGCGUCUGAAGAAUAUGAAUGUAGCGAGGAGAUGCUAACGAUCGUGUCAAUGCUUUCUGUACCGGGUGUAUUCUACCGACCCAAAGAGCGCCAAGAGGAAUCAGAUGCUGCUCGAGAGAAAUUUUUCGUGCCUGAGUCCGACCAUCUCACCCUGCUUCAUGUAUACACGCAGUGGAAAUCGAACGGCUACUCGGAUUCAUGGUGCAUAAAACAUUUCCUGCAUUCCAAAGCGUUGCGCCGUGCCAAGGAGAUCCGCGAGCAGCUGUACGAUAUCAUGACAAUGCAAAAGAUGACCAUAACAAGCUGCGGAACCGACUGGGACGUCAUACGAAAGUGUAUAUGUUCUGGGUAUUACCAUCAGGCCGCCAGGGUCAAGGGGAUUGGUGAGUAUAUUAAUCUCCGCACGAGCGUCACGAUACAACUUCACCCGACGAGUGCGCUAUACGGCCUUGGUUAUCUACCCGACUAUGUAGUGUACCACGAAUUGAUCUUAACUAGCAAGGAGUAUAUGUCUACCGUUACAUCUGUGGAUCCUCGGUGGCUUGCCGACCUAGGUGGAGUCUUCUACUCGAUAAAAGAAAAAGGGUACUCAGCCCGAGAGCGUCGUGUGACAGAGCACGAAUUCAACAGACGGAUGGAAAUCGAGGCGCAAAUGGCUGCUGAUCGCGAGCGCGCAGCUGAGCAGGAGCGGAAAAAGACCGAAGACGACGCAUUACGGAGGAAACGGGACGCGGAACGAGGGUCUGCUAGUAUGGGGGUAAGGACCGUGGUGAGGCGGCCUGCCUCUGGGACAACAGCUGUAAGGAGGCCUGGGUCUAAUGUGGCUGCCGGCGGGGGUGGGAGUGUGGUUAAAAGACCAAUUAUGAAAAGGGGUGCGAGGGGGUUUUGAUGCUAGGUUUUUUUCCCUCCUAGACCGGAAUGAGAUUUGGAAUAGAUUCAAACUAUGGCAUAUUUAGAGCUUUAGAGCUGUUUAUAUUUCUAUCUUGGAGACCCGUUAGGGAUGUAAAUUAGUCACGUCGAGGCAAAUGAUAUGUCAUUCUAACACACCAUGGGCUGUUCAGACCAGUGAGGGAUUGCACUGUUAUACUGGGUUUAACAAAUGACAUAAAAAUACUCGUUCAUAAUUUUACCAGCCCUGGGGACAUAUCUAGUCCCCGUGCCAUAACUCCCUAACGACUCGGAAACCACGCAUGAUAGUCUAUUUAAUUGGUCUCAAGACCUUGAGCAGUUGGU